CCCCAUUAUAUUCUCCUCGGCCCACGCCUUCCUCCCAAUUCCCCCCAUCCACCACACCACACCACACCCGUCUCGUCCUAGCUCCCUGCUCCUCCCGCUCGCCAUUCCUCCGCCCCGCCCCAGCUCUGCUCGUCCUGGACCGCGGGUCGCCAGGAAGGGCCUUCAGGAACGGGAUUUUUUUACCUAGGAGCCAAUUUGGGUUUUUAAUCGCAGAUUGGAUUGGGUUCAGGGAUGAGGGGAGAGGAGGGGCUGCAUCACCUGGCCCGGUUCCCAUCUCUCUGAACUUAGAUGGAUGCAUCUGUGAAGUCCAAGAAGGUUAGCUCUUGUGGAAACACCGGUCAUAGCCGCUGCGGCGAAGUUCAUAAACCUGUCCUGCCGUGUCGCAUGCGGGAUCGCUGCUUAAAUAGAAAUAAUCCCUUCUCGCUUCAGUUGACAAGAAUUUUUCGACAUGUGUGUCCUAUCGUCCGUGCUAGCUUAUAUUAAAUCACGCCACAUCUUUGGUUUGGUUUGCAUUUCCUUUUAAGUAUAAAGGCAACUGUAUUUGGCAUGGCAUUUGAGUAAGCAUCAGAAACUCAAAAGCAAAGUUUGUCAGAAAUAUUAUACCUUUAUUGGUGUCAAUACUUCCAUAGAGAAGAUGGUGGAUGAUUUGUUUUAUGAGGGCAACACUGAUCACAGCAUCAGCUCUGAGGACGAAGAGACACUUGUCAGGAGUUGUAGUAAUCUCAGCGUAAGCUUUGGCUAUCAUUGCAAUUCUUAUCAGAGUUUUCCUCUUGAAAGUGAUGAGCAUGACACCUCUCCCCAGAUGAGGUUUGAAAGUAAUGCCAUGAUGAAGUCACGAAAUGGCUCAUUUACUUGUUUAUCUGGUGCCGCAAUUAGUGCAAAUUUCACACUGGCCAAUACGAAUAUUUGCAAGGGUCUUAUUGGGGAAGAAAUUUUACCAGAACUAGAUUCUCCAAAUUCUUUCAGAAAAAUCGUCUCUUCUCCAUCUAUGUCAAGGUUAGACUUGCUGUCCACCUCACAAGGCAGCCCUGCAUCAACUGAGAGCUCCAUAUUUGAAAUCAGUAAAAAUCUUUGGAGGUCCAGCGCUCCAACAACUGUAUCAUCCAAUUUUCUGACUGGUACCGAGGUAAAGAUGGCUGGUGGAGCUGCUGGAGAGGAUAGAGUCCAAGCUGUGUGCUCUGAGAAAAAUGGAUGGUUGAUUUGUGGAAUUUAUGACGGAUUUAAUGGACGAGAUGCAGCUGAUUUUCUGGCAGUAACUCUAUAUGAUAACAUAGUAUAUUACCUAUACUUGUUAGAGUGCCGUAUCAAGCAACAAGAUGGCCUAUAUAGCUCAUCAGAGGACUCCCUGAAUGGUGUUAAAAGUGAGUUAACAUUAGCCAUGGAAAUUGCAGAGAAUGAAGAUGUAAAACUUUCUGAAAGUUUUCGAGCUGGUGUGCUGAAUUGCCUCACUUCUGCUGUUGAGCAAGCUGAGAAUGAUUUCUUAUGCAUGGUUGAACAGGAUAUGGAUGAUAGACCAGAUUUAGUUUCAGUUGGGUCUUGUGUCCUGGUUGUGCUUCUUCAGGGAACAGAUUUGUGCAUUCUGAAUCUUGGGGAUAGUAGAGCUGUGCUUGCUUCCAUGCCAUAUGCAGAAAUGGAUACAGUUAAAGCUACUCAAUUGACAGAGAUCCACUCGCUUGAAAAUCCAUUGGAAUACCAAAAACUAUUAGCUGACCAUCCUAAUGACUCUAAAGUUGUGAUGGGUAACAAAGUAAAAGGGAAGCUAAAGGUCACUCGUGCUUUUGGAGUUGGCUACCUUAAACAGAAAAAGUUCAAUGAUGCACUCAUGGGAAUUCUCCGAGUUCGUAAUUUGUGCAGUCCGCCUUACGUAUAUACAAAUCCACACACACUCAGUCACAAGGUUACGGAGGACGAUCUGUUUGUUGUGCUUGGCAGUGAUGGCUUAUUUGAUUUCUUCAGUAACGAUGAAGUUGUUCAGUUGGUUUAUCAAUUUAUGCAUGAUAAUCCAACUGGCGAUCCUGCGAAAUAUCUUAUCGAGCAAGUUGUACAUAAAGCUGCCAAAGAAGCAGCUUUAACAGCUGAACAGUUGAUGAGGAUACCUGUUGGGAGCAGGAGAAAGUACCACGACGACGUGACUGUCAUAGUUAUCAUCCUUGGGAACGCACGAAGGACGGUGAGCGCAUCAACUUCGAUAUGAAAGACGUGCCGAUCUCAAGAAGAGGCUGCCAGCCGCAUAAAAUUUUGUGGGUGUUAGGACAUGGAUCUUUUUCAGGGUUCUGGUGUGAUAGUCAAUAAACAUAAUAAUGUGUGUAUAUCCUUUGGAAAUUUUGGGUGCGAACAGAUAUCUUUUGUUAAGUCAAAAGGUGCACCGAGACUUGUUCCGCUUAA